AUGCCGAAGUCUUUGCAAAAAGUGCAGAAGCACAUAUCGAAGAAGCGGGGCGCGAUCGAAGCUCUGCACGAGAACAGCAGAGACGCAAAGCUGCUGCGGAGGGCCGGUACGAGAGAUGAUCGAGUCGCCCGAGUUUCAGCGGCUAUGGCGAAGGGCAGACAAUCCUACGUCGACCGCAUUCUAUAUUUCCAAGAAUCCAUCCCCGAGGGAACAGUAUCUCUCUCCGAGAAUGACAUACCCGACCUUGUCGCCAGAUAUAUCAAUCGCAGUGUGCCUGAGAUCGAACAAUUACAGAGUGAGCGGAGAAAGGGUCGACCGCCUAGCAAGAGGGAGGAAGCCCUGCUUCAGCGAACAGAGGCCGAGAAUAAAGAGUUCAAGACAGGAUUCUGGAUGCCAGACCUUACAGAGGAGGAUGUCGUCAGCGCACUCGUGAGGUGGAAUGGAAACUGGUCUGGACUCAGCCCUCUGAAGUUCAUACGAUUAACGAAAGAGGGAGGGAAGCAAGCUUCGACAUUCCCACCUAAGGGCUUGUCAUGA